GUUGGGGGAGGGGGACCCGGGCUGGUCGUCGCUCCUCCUCCUCCAGCCGCUCUGCCCCUCCUGAGCCUUGUGGGCCGGGCAGCCAUUUUGGGAAGAGCUUUGUUAUGGUUGUGGGCUAGUCACCUCUGCCAGGUCGAGAGGCUGGGGCCCCCGUCUUCAGACGCCGCGUCUCGUCCCCGUUGUAGCCCUGCCGCUGCCCGAGUGGUGAAUUUGUGUGGCCUUUUUUAAUGAUUGAAAUGGAUCCAAAAUAAUACGUGAUUUCUCUACUGAAGCAUUGAAGAUUCUUUGAAUCACCUUCCAGUAGCUGGAUACAGUUUGGGGGAAGGAGCAGAGCAAGUAAAAUAAAGAAACCAGAAGAGAAGCAAACCUCAUUUUGGAACUGUCUUUCUCCUUGUCUAUCCUUUACUCCUCUCUUUUUACUUAUUUGAAUUUUGCUCUGAAUUUAUGAAGACCAAAGAAAUAGGAUAUACAUUUAGGAGCUUUAUACCAAGAAAUUUGCCUUGAAAGCUGCUAUUCCUUGGAGGGAAAAGUAUAUCAAGUUCCUGAUUUUUUUUUUUUUUAAUUUUAUAAACAAGAUUUCUCCUAUCCUUAGAUUUUGAAGGUUAAGACAAGUAUAAAUAUAUAUCUGCACACUUUUUAGUAGUUGUGUGAGAAUAACGAGAUUUAUGUUUUAAGGGCUUUGUCAUGUGGAUAUUUUGCCACUGGAGUUGACUACUCAGAAGAUCUUUUAUAGUGCUUUAAUAUUUUAUUUUUCAUUUAUCACCUUAAUGACAGUGUUUGCCCACAUAUGAGCUUACCUGUCUCUCUAGCUAUGACCUUGUUGUGAACAGUGUUUGCACUCACUGUGCAAAUGCCCAUGUAUUACCCAUUUAAGCAACAUCAUAGUGCCAUUACUCAAGGAAGUUGAAUGAGGUGAAUGUAGACAUAGCUCUUUCCCCUUCCCCCCUUUUUUAAAUGUAACAAAUACUUUUUAUGUUCCCCUUCCCCCUUCCCCUCCCCCCUCCCCCCCAUUUGGAAACGUGUCAGAAACUAGAUAGUUUAAGAUGAGCAAUUGAGGGGACUGAGAGAGAUCCACGCGGAGCCUGGCAUUUUCUGUGCUUCAUCACAAGGCGUGCUGCUGGCCAGGCUACUUAAGCACCCUUUUCACAAGAAAAUCUCGUGGGAGAUCCAGCUGGCAGACUCAAGGAGUUCAAGAAACAGGACCACAGAGGUUACACUCUGGGUUGUCUCAUUUUCAGAUCCUGGCCAUGAGGUUGGAUGCCUCACCUUGCUAAAAAGAGACACUGGACCUAAAUGGCGCAGCAUGACUUUGUUCCUGCUUGGCUAAAUUUCUCAACACCACAGUCAGCUAAGUCACCUACAGCCACCUUUGAAAAACACAGAGAACAUCUUCCCCGAGGAGAAGGUAGAUUUGGAGUAAGCCGCCGUCGACACAAUUCCUCUGAUGGCUUUUUUAACAAUGGACCCCUACGAACUACAGAUUCCUGGCACCAGCCCUCCCUGUUCCGCCAUGAUUCUGUGGACUCUGGUGUCUCUAAAGGAGCAUAUGCUGGAAUCACAGGGAACACAUCUGGUUGGCAUGGCUCUUCGCGAGGUCAUCACGAUGGUGUGAGCCAGCGGAGUGGAGGUGGAGCAGGGAACCAUCGACACUGGAAUGGCAGCUUGCAUACCCGGAAAGGCUGUGCCUUUCAGGAAAAGCCUCCAACAGAGAUUAGGGAAGAAAAGAAAGAAGACAAGGUGGAAAAACUACAAUUUGAAGAGGAAGAUUUUCCUUCUUUGAAUCCAGAAGCUGGCAAACAGAAUCAGCCAUGCAGACCUAUUGGGACCCUUUCUGGAGUGUGGGAAAACCCACCUAGUGCCAAGCAACCUUCCAAGAUGUUAGUCAUCAAAAAAAUUUCCAAAGAGGAUCCUGCUGCUGCCUUCUCUGCUGCAUUCACCUCACCAGGAUCUCACCAUGCAAAUGGGAACAAAGCAUCAACCAUGGUUCCAAGUGUCUAUAAGAACUUGGUUCCUAAGCCUGCACCACCUCCUUCCAAGCCCAAUGCAUGGAAAGCUAACAGAUUGGAACACAAAUCAGGAUCCCUUUCCUCUAGCCGGGAGUCUGCUUUUACCAGUCCAAUCUCUGUUACUAAGCCAGUGGCACUGGCUGGUGCUGCAGUUCUAAACUCUCCCAAAGAGAGUCCCUCCAGCACCACCCCUCCAAUUGAGAUCAGCUCCUCUCGUCUGACCAAGUUGACCCGCCGAACCACUGACAGGAAGAGUGAGUUCCUGAAAACUCUGAAGGAUGACCGAAACGGAGACUUCUCAGAGAGCAGAGACUGUGACAAACCUGAGGAUUUGGAGGACAACAGCACACCUGAACCAAAGGAAAAUGGAGAGGAAGGCUGUCAUCAGAAUGGUCUUUCUCUCCCUGUAGUGGAAGAAGGGGAGGUCCUCUCACACUCCCUGGAAGCAGAGCACAGGUUACUGAAAGCAAUGGGAUGGCAGGAAUACCCUGAAAAUGAUGAGAAUUGCCUUCCCCUCACAGAAGAUGAGCUCAAAGAGUUCCAGAUGAAGACAGAGCAGUUGAGAAGAAAUGGCUUCAGGAAAAAUGGCUUCUUGCAGAGCCGCAGUUCCGGCCUGUUCUCCCCUUGGAGAAGCACUGGUAAAGCAGAGUUUGAGGACUCCGACACGGAAACCAGUAGCAGUGAAACAUCAGAUGAUGAUGCCUGGAAGUAGACAUAGAAAUGCUCACAGUCAUUUGUGACCCAGCAAACUCGGCCUGUGUGUUUAGGGAGUGUACGAGAGAAAUCGUUCUUUUCCUUUCCUUAUGUUUUCAUUGACUUCUUCAUGCACAAGGGAAAUAAUCGUAACCCAAAGAGAAAGCGAUUGGCUUGUUUAGCUUUUGUUGUUGUUCUUCCAUGUUAUCUGCUUAAUAGAAAGAAGCUUGUGUGGAGGAAAGAUUUUUAAAGUAUAUGUGUACACACACCCAGUGUACAUGGGGCGAUGCACAGGUGGGAGCUGGCAGUGCAGAGACGCAGAGGAGACACUGGUCUGCAGCAACAGCUUCUACUACCAGCCCUGGGGCACGCACCCCUGUGCUCAAGCAAUCAUUGUCAAUGACAAAGUAACUAUUGAAGUUAUAAUUGUAUUAAAUUAAUGCUAAUAAUUUGGAUAUUUUAUUUUAUUUUUGGCUGCUCGGGUAACUUUAGCCCUUAACCAAGCAUAUGUGGUUUUUUGUUUUUCUUUUUGGGUACAGCUGUAAAAUAUUUGGAUAUAGGAAAUGUGUUAUUCUUGCAGCCUUGAUAUUCAGGGUGGAUUGUAAAAUAUAAAUUUUUGUGAGAUUUCAAAGAUUAAGAUUAUUUUGAUAACAUUAUUUACAGAUUUAAAAGAUGUGGUUAUCACAGGUCUGUUGAGGGGGAAAACUACUGCAUAAAAUAACUAACUUGGAAUAAAUAUUUUGCAUCGGUUUGGA